AUGGGGCGCAGAAAGUCAAAACGGAAGCCGCCCCCCAAGAAGAAGAUGACAGGCACCCUGGAGACCCAGUUCACCUGCCCCUUCUGCAACCACGAGAAGUCCUGUGACGUGAAAAUGGACCGAGCCCGAAACACCGGAGUCAUCUCUUGUACCGUGUGCCUAGAGGAAUUCCAGACGCCCAUCACUUAUCUGUCAGAACCAGUGGACGUGUACAGCGAUUGGAUAGACGCCUGCGAGGCUGCCAAUCAAUAG